CGCUUGCCACAACCUUUCUUCACGGGAAGAGAGAGAGAGACGGAGAGAUCGUGCCCUAGCCAGCUUCUAUAAGCGUAUCCGUCGCCGCCUUGCGUCAGCUCGCGUACCGGAAAAGGUCGACCGCUCACCGUCGCUGCCGCUCAGCCGUUGCCACCGCCGCCACCGCGCCGAUCUUUGUACUAUAGCAGCGCACGCCGUCCCGUGGAGCGACGCCGGUGAACAGUUUCGUUUCGAAUAUAAGCUUAUGAAACUGACAAAAGCGUAGCGCCAUAUUGCCUACUCGUGUGUUUGCUUCGCUAGUUGUGGCGCGUGCUCGAUAACACUUUCAAUCUAAUCUGCAAUAAUGGGUGACAACCAGGAACAGAAGCCUGAUUCCGGCCCUGGCGAUGCCAACUCUGAAUAUAUCAAGCUCAAAGUUGUCGGAAAUGACAGCAACGAAAUCCACUUCAGGGUAAAAAUGACGACUCAAAUGGGUAAACUCAAGAAGUCCUACAGUGAUCGCGUGGGUGUACCCAUGACAUCGCUCAGGUUUCUGUUUGAUGGCAAAAGAAUUAACGAUGAUGAAACACCAAAGCAGCUGGAAAUGGAAAAUGACGAUGUUAUUGAAGUAUAUCAAGAACAAACAGGAGGCCUAUAUUGGGGACAUUAAACAAAAAUUUCAAUUAGUAAUCCAGACGUGGUGUUUUACAUUCCCAUUAAUAACAAAUGGAUCAUAACUAUCGAUUUCACAAAAGGCAUCCUUCAUUAUUAAGAAAUAGUAAAAUAUUAAAUUUCAUUAGAAUAUGUUCUUAAUUUUAUUUGAAAAUUUGAGUUAGAUCUUCCUUUGAUAUUUGUACUUUGGUAAUUGUAGCAUGGAAACUAUGAGUUACUGUUUUAUAACAAACUUUUUUAAAACACCACGUAGUUUACCAUUGUAUAGAUAUUAACGGUAGACUAUUACUUUAAUUAAUUAUUACUGUGCAUUUCUAGAUCUAAGUUGAAGGGAUUAUUUGAAAGAUUUUCUUAUAGUAAAUAUUCCUUUGUUUUAUUGUAAUAGAAACAUCAAGUAUUUGACAAUGUAAACUAAUUUCAAAGAAAUGUUGCAUUUAAAUUAUAACUGUCAUAAAUGAAAAUGAACAUUUUGUAUUACGCGCUUUGUAACUUAAUUAUGAAAACAUUUUCUCAACAAAGAUUUCACGUACUCGAACGAUUAUGACAUUUAUUAUCCUUAAUUUUUUUUUUCAAUCUACUCAAAUCUCUAGUUAACAUUAAAACUUUUUUCCAUGUAUAAUAAAAUCAAUUAAAUUUCUAAACAAUCUAGAAAUAAUAUAAGUAUUUUCUGUUUAGACCAUACCUAUAAUUUUAAUUUUACAAAUGUAGAUGUAUUGAUAUUUAACAACAAACAUUGUUUAUUUCAAAGAAUCAUCCUGUGAUUAGGCUA